AUGAAAAAGAUACGUCCACGAACGAUUCCUACCACUGAGGCCUCGAUCACGAAGACCACCUCUCAAGCACCGAAAAUACGUCAACGUGAUUUACAGGUAUUAACUAAUACCAUACGUGUACUGCCGAUAUCAAUAUACAAACUGUACCAAACACUCACAAUGUCAAUGACAACAAAAUCGCCCUUGAGAUUAGCUAUUGAAGGUUUCAUCUUUCAACUUACAGUUUUGGUAUCAUAUAUCAAUGGCAGUAUCAUAUUUCUCAUCUAUACAUUAAGUGGUAAAAUAUUUCGAAAAGAAUUGCUGAGAAUGUUUCAACGACAAUCAGCCCUCACAUCUUCGAUGCAGCAAACAACAAGAACAACAAUGAGAAUUCAAGGUAUUCAAUGA